AUGCCCAUCGGACCCACCCUCCCCCCGCACCUCGCCCCUCCCCAGGCCGCAGACGACGAUGAGGAAGACGACUACCUCCCCGCCCUCCCUCCUCACCUCCAAAAUCGACAAAGCAAUCCUCGUCCAGCCGGCCCCAGCUUAGGUCCUACAAUCCCAGCAUCCGGCCCCUCACGCCCUUCAGCUGCUCCUCCCGCCGGGCCGUCUUUCGAAGAAGACGACGAUUCGGAUGAUGAGAUCGUCGGGCCUGUCCCCGUACCGAGCGCUUAUGCGGACGAUGAUCCCGACGCGGGUGUGCGAGAGUUUUUGGAGAGGGAAGAGAGGAUGAGGAAGGAUGCGGCGGAGAGGGCGAAGCCGAAGGUUAUGAAGAGGGAGGAGUGGAUGUUGGUACCGCCUUCAAGCGGGUCUCUAUCUAACAUUGACCCACUGCGUAAACGCCCCUCAACCUUCUCACGUAAUACCGAAGAAAAACACAUAGACAGCUCCGUCUGGACCGAGACGCCUGCAGAAAAGGCGCAACGUAUCGCGGACGAAGUGGCGGGUGUCAAGCGCAAGAAGGACAAGGCUGGAGAUAGGAUCAUGACUGCCGAAGAGGAAGAGUCUGAGCGAAAGAGAAAGAGGAGGGAUCAAGAUAUCAAAGGGGAGCUUGGCAAGUACACUGUAAGUGCACCAUAUCGAGGACCGUCACUGCUCGACCAGCACACUUCCAAGCUCGCGAAAAAGGGAAAGAACGAAGACGAUGCGCCUGCUAUCUGGGAUCACGCUCGAGAUAUGGGUAUCACCGGCAGGUUGAUGACGGAUCAAGAGAGGAGCAAAAAGAUUAACGAUGCGAGAGGUCUGGGGGACAGGUUUGGACAUGGCAAGAGUGGCGCUUACCAGAUGUGA